AUGAUUCGUGCGUUGCUUCCCAAACAUGUUGCCGCUGUAGUAAAAGUACAAAAAGACCCUCUAAAAGCAUUGGAAAUGUUCAACUCAGCCAAACAUGAACAGGGUUUCAACCACACUCUGUUCACCUACAAAUGCAUGCUUCAAAAGCUUGGCUUCCAUGGUAAAUUCAACGAGAUGGAGAAUCUUCUCUCUGAGAUGAGAGCGAAUUUAAACAACACGUUCUUGGAAGGAGCUUACGUUGAAGCCAUGAGACUCUAUGGAAGAAAAGGGAAAGUUCAAGAAGCUGUUGACACAUUCGAACGCAUGGAUUUAUACAACUGUGAUCCUUCUGUUCAUUCCUAUAAUGCCAUCAUGAACAUUCUUGUUGAGUUUGGUUACUUCAACCAGGCUCAUAAGGUUUAUAUGAGGAUGAUUGAUAAAAGGGUUGAAUCAGAUGUGUACACAUACACCAUAAGGAUCAAGUCGUUUUGUAGGACACGUAGACCUCAUGCUGCUCUUAGGUUGCUUCGGAAUAUGCCUUUGUUAGGUUGUUUUUCAAAUGCUGUUGCGUAUUGUACUGUUGUGGCAGGGUUUUAUGAAUUUGAUGAUAAAGUGAAAGCACGUGAGCUGUUUGACGAAAUGCUUGAGUGUUCUCUGUGUCCUGAUGUUACUACUUUUAAUAAGCUUGUUCAUAUUUUAUGUAAGAAGGGUCUUGUUUUGGAAAGUGAGAAGCUUCUUAAUAAGGUUUUGAAGAGAGGGCUUUCUCCGAAUUUGUUUACUUUUAAUAUCUUUAUACAAGGGCUUUGUAAGGAAGGUUCUCUUGAUAGGGCUGUUAGGUUGUUGGGUUGUGUGUCGGGGGAAGGUUUGAGGCCUGAUGUUGUUACUUAUAAUACAGUUAUAUGUGGGUUGUGUAGGAAUUCGCGGGUUGUUGAAGCUGAGGAAUAUUUGCAUAAAAUGGUUAAUGGUGGAUUUGAGCCGAAUUGUUUCACGUAUAAUAGUAUUAUUGAUGGAUACUGCAAGAAGGGGAUGGUGGUGGAUGCAAAUAGGAUUCUGAAAGAUGCAGUUUUUAAGGGUUUUAAGCCUGAUGAGUUUACCUAUUGUUCAUUAAUUAAUGGUUUUUGCCAGGAUGGUGACCCUGAUCAGGCCGUGGCCGUCUUUAAGGAUGGGAUAGGUAAAGGUUUAAUGCCAAGUGUUAUUGUUUACAAUACUUUGAUUAAAGGGUUAUGUCAGCAAGGACUAAUUUUGCCGGCUUUGCAAUUGAUGAAUGAGAUGGCAGAAAAUGGUUGUCACCCUGAUAUAUGGACUUAUAAUGUAAUCAUAAAUGGCUUGUGCAAGAUGGGUUGUUUAUCUGAUGCUAAUCAUUUUAUAGACGAUGCUAUAGCCAAAGGGUGCAUCCCAGACAUAUUUACCUACAAUACUUUGGUUGAUGGCUAUUGCAAACAGAUGAAGUUAGACAGUGCAAUUGAGUUGGUAAACAGAAUGUGCAGUCAAGGUAUGACUCCUGAUGUUAUCACAUAUAACACUUUGUUGAAUGGGCUCUGCAAGGCUGCGAAGCCCGAAGAAAUAAUGGAGAUUUUCAAGGCAAUUCCGGACAAGGGAUGUGCUCCAAAUAUAAUUACGUAUAACAUUAUCAUUGAAAGCCUUUGCAAAUCUAAGAAAGUAAAUGAAGCUGUAGAUUUGCUUGGGGAAAUGAAAAGCAAGGGCUUGACACCUGAUGUAGUUAGUUUUGGCACAUUGAUCACCGGGUUCUGCAACAUUGGGGAUCUUGAUGGUGCUUAUCGGUUAUUUAGAGGGAUGGAAAAACAAUCUGAUGUUUGUCAUACAACUGCAACCUAUAAUAUCAUGCUUUGUGCAUUUUCAGAACAACUCAAUAUGAAAAUGACCGUAAGACUCUUCUCUGAGAUGAAAAAAAAUAGCUGUGACCCAGACAACUAUACUUACAGGGUCAUAAUUGAUGGCUUUUGCAAAACGGGAAAUGUUACCCGUGGAUACAGUUUUCUGUUGGAGAAUAUUGAAAAGGGAUUUAUUCCAUCACUGACAACAUUUGGACGGGUUUUAAAUUGUCUUUGCAUGGAGCACAAGGUUCAAGAAGCAGUUGGUAUCAUCCACCUUAUGGUACAAAAGGACAUUGUCCCAGAUACUGUGAAUACAAUUUUUGAAGCUGAUAAAAAGGUGGUAGCAGCCCCUAAGAUUGUUGUAGAAAAUUUGUUGAAAAAGGGACAUAUAACUUAUCAUGCCUAUGAACUACUAUAUGAUGGUAUUAGAGAUAAAACGAUACUUAAGAAAAGAAAUCCAACCUGGAAUUCUCUUCGCCGUGGGGCCAGGUCAUCAGCUGUUGAUUAGAAGAUAAUUUGAAAAAUGAGGAUUCCUGAUCAUAUGCUCGUUUCCGACUUUCAAGGAUCUUUGUUGCUUCCAGUAGACACCUUUUACUUCAGUACAGGUGUUGGUAUAUCAUACAUUUUUCUUCUACACCACAUAGUGAACUGAAAUGUCUCUAGCAAAUAUGUUUAGAAAAUGUCGAUUCUUGAUACUAUACUUGGUUCCAACUUCCAAGGAUGUUUGGAGCUUCUGGUAGACACCUAUUAUCGUGAAUUGCAUGACUUGCGAACAUGAAGAAUUUCAUGUCAGCUAGUGUUUGGUUUGUCAAUAAGGUGGGUGCUUUCAAGCCCAAUGUUGUCAAGAUCACAUGAAAGUCAUCGUGCUCGAGCCUAUCAACUGCAGACAAAGGUUUGCAAGUCGCAAUUGACUGUCACAAUGGCACACAUGAAGAAUGAGGAAGAAUGACACUUCACCCAUACUUACAUCUUCACACAGAAGAAAGAUAGGUUUACUCCCCCAUACAGAACCCAGAAUGGUUUUUCUUCAGAGAUAUCAGACCAAGUUUGCAUCAUCUUCAGGUCAAAAUGAUACUUCUUUUGCGUAGUUGCAACUUGCAAGCGAAUCAUGAUGUGCAGUGUCUCGAUGUCAACACGCGCUACUUCUUUCAGAUUGUUUAAAAUGUUUUGAAGAUUCGGAAAGAGCUGGCAUCAAGGAGCUUUGAAAACAUGCCUCUUAUUGUAUAAUUGAAACUGGUAGAAACUCAUAAGUGUCUUCUUGUAUGCAUUUAAGUUAUUUAAAGCAGUUCUUGUCUACUCUCUUUCUGGUUUAGUUGAUAGUCUCCUUUCUCUUACUAGCUCUAGAGAAAUGGAUAACCAUGAAAGGGAGAAACAAAACACCUUAUCUUAGUUUUAGAGCAUUAGCAGGAACUUUUUGCCUUUUUUGUAUUUCAUCUUAUUAGAGUGAUGAUAUCUAAAUUAUAAAACCUGGAUGUUACCAAGAAAGAUUUUAUAACA